ACCAUAUUCUAUGUCAGUGCGCGUUUAGUACAACGUUCGUUUGGCGCACAAACUGCGCUCCUGUCGCAUUCAUCCUGCGGUCAUUUUUUUUCUGAGGCACCCUCCGCCCAUUUCAACGCGGGAAGGAGGACGUGUCGCAUAGGAAGAAGUCGCGCGUUCCGCAGACUAGUGUUUCCCUACUGUGCAUUUUAAUUUAGUCGCAUUAUAUAGAUUUCCCCUCGUUGCGUUUGCGCAGUUGUACGAACGUGGGCGUGCAGGAGGAGCGGUGGAACCUGGCAGUAGACCAGCAGAUCGGUAGACCGGUAGACUGGUAGACUGGUCAAACUGUAGACGCGUCAUUUUUUCGUUUGCCCCUGGGCACAACUUUUCAGCCUAGUUUCUAAACCAUGUGCGUAGGGCAAAAUUGUCAUGUGCUGGGAAGUUUAGCCGACAUGCCCUCCCACGAGUUAUUUUUUGUUAUAUACCGAUUUGUUCGCUCGAAUUUUAAAUAAAUUUUUAACACCAUUUUGAAGCAACGGAAGAAGGGAGCUCAUGUGUAUGUGGUUGCCUACACCGCGGUUGUCCAAUUUGCGGAUGUACACUCCCUUUGUUCUGCCCUUUCCAAGUUGGCCAUUAUAGCCGCAGCUGUUGACCCAUACGCGCACAUAGCAAGAUAGCCGCAACGUGAGCGCUUUUUCCUUUACGUUUGUGCACAUGCGUCGUAUGUACAUUUUUCACCCUUAAGGAAUAUCCCCUUUUGGCUGCUUUCACCUCUGCGUAGAGUGAAGCACUCUCUUUUUUUUUUUUUGGUGCCCCAUUGGCUACCUCCCCCUGUUGCUCACUCAUUUGUUGUCAAAAAAGAUGGAAUACGGAAAUGGAGGGGACAAAAUUUUCGACUUGAACUCAAUCAGUCGAGAGAAGUUGGAGCUGGUGGAGGUUUUCUAUGAUAAAAUGAAGGACACAACAAACGCAAAUGCGUUGUACUUGUAUGCCCUGCAAAUCUUUAAGAUCUGUAACAUUCAUAAUGAAUUGCCUCGUUUGGUGGUAUUUGGCCAGCAGUCCAUGGGGAAGACGACGCUUUUAGAUUUUAUUAUGGGAGGACCCAUGGGAUAUACCAGCUCAGACACAGGAACCAAGCAGCCAAUUGUUAUCAUACUAAAGCCUAGUGACACGAAUAAAAUAGAAUGCUAUUUGAACAAGAAGAAAGUGAGCAUUGAUGAUCUGCAUGAAAAAAUGAAAGCCAUUAUGGUUAACCUGAGCGAGUCCAUUAUUCCUAAGGAGCUAGAGGUCGAAAUUUCCAUCCCGGGUGGUAUCUACGCUACCUUCGUGGAUUUGCCCGGAAUAAAGGACGAUUCCAAAUCUGGGUCAGAGCUGACGCGCAAAAUUGUCCGUAACUAUGUGCAGAACUUUCCGAACGAUAUUUACAUUUUGGUGAAGAAGGCGUCGGACGAUCCGGCCAACUGGCCCUACCAUUUGAGGGAGUUUUUCAUGAAGCCCAAGCCCAUGGGUCUCGGUCUGCAAAACAAACAGUGCAUCGUCGUAGGGACGAGGGCCCUGGAAUUCCUGAACAACGAACUGAGCACAAUCAAAACGCUGACGGAGCUGCACGACAGGGUGAAGAAAAGAGGAAUCACGGAUCAUAAUGAUAACAUCCUAUCGCUCUACCUGUUGGAACUGUUUUCCAUACCGAUCGAGCAGAAGGAAAAAAAUGACUUUCUAACGAACCGAAUUUCGAUGUACUCGAAGAUACUAAACGGAAGAAAAAACGUGCUAGACUUGCUGCUGAACAAAUUUGAAAACGAUUGUAACGACUCCAUUAAGAAGGAGUUGCUGGACUGUUUCGACGUGGAGAAAUUCAAACAAGAAGUGAAUAGCAAAUUUAUGAACAUCCUAAUACAGCAGUUACGCAAGGUAGAAGUGAAGCUAGAAAAAAAAAAAUCAAAAAUGGAGUUUUAUAAUAAAAAAUUAGAAGAGCUAUACAACAAGGGAAAUAUACUAAGCAUAAGAGAGCAAGUCAAAUUGUACAUACGAGAAUUGGUGAACAUCGUAUCUAAUUUGUUGACAGGUAAUUACCCCAUUUUAAAUUUGCCAAAUAAUGGGGAAGAUUUUUUAAAAAAAUAUGGUGGAACUUUAAUGGAAAAUUUAAAAGACGGAAAUGAACUAGCCGUGGAGUUAUUUGAAAAGCAGGGGUUGUAUGACGAAAACUUUCUUAACUACUUAAAUGAGUAUUUGUACAAAUAUGCAAAUGAAAAUGAGUUAAAUAAGUCCAUUUCGUCCGAGAGUAACUACGAUAUUAAUAAUAUCUUGAACAAUGACCUGCACAACAGUAACAGCAAUAAUAAUAACAGCAGUAAGAGGGCGGACACGUACGACACGCUAAACGAUAUGGAAAAAAAAAACUUUGACAAUGUACCUGCUCUCGUGGAAGGGCAACCUGUGAGGUUCAUUCUGGCCAAAGAGGAAAGCAGCAUGUUCGGCGUUGUUCAAAAUACACCCACAGAUGCGAAGAGUAAAAAUAUAUUAGUCAGUUUUUACUUCAGAAAUAGCAACACAGAAGAGCAAGUGCAAAUAAAAUCCGUUGAGAAGGACCGAUUGACAGUUAUCAAAGCAGUCGAAACGCUGAAUGGAGAUCCUUCCUUUCUGAAUGGACUACAAGUUUGGUACAAAAUGAUAAGGGAUGAUGGAUGGGUUGGAUUCGACAAGGCAGAAAUUAUUAAAGUGUUUAACAACAAUAGCAAAAUUAAAGAUGUGCUUAUUAGAAAUUUGUCCAAAAAUGAUGAAGUCAUAUCCAUAAAGAUAAAUGACCUCUACAUGGAUUACGUAAUUGAUGAAAAUAAAGAAAAUGAGGAAAAUGAAGAAAACGAAGAAUUGAAAGAAAAUGAUGAUGACAUACUUAAACGAAUCGCAGGGCCACACACCGAUUUGAAAAUCCUUAACCAGCUAGCCAUCACAUAUAUUUGCAAAUGGCUCAAAUAUAAUAUUGCAAAAAUUGAACCCGAAAAAGAUUUCUCAGAUGAAGUGCUGCUACAAAUGAUGAGAAGCAUUCACAACAUCGUCGAUCAGAGUGACUGGAAACCAUUAGUGGUUGAUCUGCUUCAAGCCAAUAUAAGUGGAAAUAUUUUACACCUCACCAAAUUAGCUAGCUGCUCAGCUGCCGUAGCUUUAAAUAGAGUAUUCAAAGCAGGCUUGGGGGAAAUUAACAGAAAAAUUAAAAAUAACUACAUGGAUGAAAAUAUAUAUCUGUUGAGUACAAAUCCUAAGUUCCUGGACGAAUUGAACCAGGCCUUGCAUAACUUCUGCAAAGAAAGAGCCAUUACCUGUGCCAGCGAAAUGAAAGACAUUGUUUUUGAGCAAACCUAUGCUGUACAUUUCGAAAUCAUCGAAGAAAUUUUCGAUGGCUGCAAACUGUUUGAAGAUAACUUCCUCACCCCUAGUGGUGUUAAACCGACUAUGUCCAUAAUUACCAAAAAUGUGAAACAAAAUUUGGCAUACAGAAACCAUCAGUUGUCCCUGACUGACAUUAAAAUUAACAAAAAGUCAAAGUCGAAGGAACUCAUACAGGAGGAGGUCAAGCUACAGUUCUGGGCCAUCAAAAUGCUCAUAUCCGUGCCCUUCGCAACUAAGAUUUAUGCCCAUUUUCUCAACAACAUCUUGCCCAAAAAUAAGCACCUCGCCAACGUCCUGGACUACUCCAUUGACUGCGAGAGCACGCUGGAGAAGUACAUCCAGAGCAAACUGCUCAACCGGGAGGUGAACGGUGUCCUGGUCCCAAUUGAUGACAAGGAGCUGAUGUCGCACUACAACAUCAUCGACAAUAGAGAUAACCUGUUGAGAAAGCUGGAAAACCAGAAGAGGCUCAACCAGUACUUUACCAUCGUUGCAAAUUCGAUCAAGCUGCUGAAAAAUAAUUUAUCGAAGGAGAGCACACUGGAUUUUGUAACGAAGUUGGAUUUUGGCCAAGAAAAUAAAAAAAAUUGGCAUCGAUUGGGUACGUAAAGGGAACAUAUU